UGCCCGUAGAUGGAGAGACACUACCCAGCGUGCGUGGGAGUUGCUGGACACCAUGUUGUUCGGUCGCACUGAUCGACCAUGGAGCGAGACGAGACGGGUGACGACGGCGAGUGCCGGUCGUCAGCCAGGUUUGAGAGGGGCUUCCACGGGCGUGAGACGUCGAGAUGUUGUAGCUUCAGGGUUUGGUGGUAGAGGCGGUGGCGGCGGUGGCAGCGGUGGCGACGGCGACGGCAGACGUGAGGGUGCAGGCGGAGCCGCGGCGCGUGUAGUGAAUCCACCCUUGACAUACGGUUUGAGAGAGGCGUCGAUUAUUUUGCAGGAGCCUGACGUUGUUACACAACCGAGGCAGGAGAGACACCUGCCCUUAGAUCGACGCCAGGAGGGGGAGACUUCAGGGACAGACGGUCUACCUAUGGCACGCGAGUCACGCCGACUUGAUGACCUAGCAGCCGCAGGCAUCAGGACGGUAAGAGGCAGGAGAUUCAUUAUGGACGACGACCCCGACGAGCGUCUCGUCACUCCCGAGCCUUCCACUGGCAGACGCGGCGGCCAGCGUCAGGGAGAUCAAGGACGUGGCAGUGGUCGGUCCCACGGACGAGAAACGCCUUGGUGUCCUUCAUGUAAGCGUCAUUUUCACCACGAGGGAGAUGAGUGUUCCGCGCCCCGCAAAGCCUCUUAUGCUGACGUCGUGAAACAGAAACCGAGGGAGAAGCCGAAAGACAAGAAUCAAGGUAAGGGAGAGAAAGAGAAAGAGGAGGGGAGGAAGGAAAAGGAGAAGGAGCAAGUAAAAGAGAAAGAUAGAGAGAAAGAAGAGAAUGAGGAGGAGAAGGAGGGUGGUGGGAAGACGGGGAAAAGUGGUAAGGAUCCAUCGGACAAGGACCCCGGGGGGAAGGAAAAGGGGUCAAGGGAGGAAGGAAAGGAGAAGGGUAAGAAAGAGGGAGACAAACAAAAAGAAAAGGAGGGAGACGGAGAAGGGAAUGACACGAAUAAGGAUCCCCAUUUGGGGGGUGAGAAGGGGGGGGUCCAUGGGAUUAAGAAAGAAGAUACAGUCAUGAGAGAGAAUAACGGUCAAGAGGACAAGACCAAAGGAGAAUUCAAACGCAGACUGGAGGACGACUCCCGUGAGGACAAAGACACAGCAGAGGGUUCGAGGGGGAGUGGGGAUCUUAAAAAGAUGGAAGAAGAUCUCCCCCCUCCACCAAGGGAAAAGCGGAAACGCUUGUUCUCGGAUGAUGAUUCAGACUUUGAGAUUCAGGGCUAUGAAUUGGUAGUCCAUGCUGGUCUGACUCCCCACAAAGGAGGCAUAGGCCCCACCCACGACGCGUUUGACUCAGAUGACGCCGACGACGAGGAGGGGGAUGAUCCCUCACCCUUCCUGCAUAAGCCCCAGGACAUGUUGACUUUCUAUAACGAGACAUAUGUCUCCUCUCAGGAGGAAGAUGAUGUCGGUUCCGACUUCGACAUUAAUGACUUACAGGAGGAAACCAAAUAACCAAUAAAGGAAUAUUCUCCUGGUUCGGAUCAAGAAGAUUUCAUUUCUGCAGAUAGCAGAGAUCACUCACCGACGGCUGGAAAAUCCACCCUGAGUGGAAGGAAGUAAAAGCCUCCCUCCGCG